AUAGGUUCCUCCACCAGUCUUCACCCCCCCCCCCCAACUCCAUAGCUCAGACCUCUCUCUCUCUCUCUCUAGUGAUGAACCAAGAAUUUCCGCGGGUUUUACUCGGAGGCAGCGAUGUGGGGUUUGCAAGAACUUCCAUAGGCACCUCCUUCUCACGCCCUUCCGCCAACUCCGAUCAAAAUCAAGUCUUGAUUGAUGUGGAGCCUGAAAUUUACAGCAAUGGCGAGGAUGCUGAUGGAGAUGGUGAUGAUUCUCUAGCUCCACACUGUGGCUAUUCUAGGCCCUUUCUGUUUCUGGACAUGAUAUGGAACUUGGUAUUUGUUGUGGUGUCUGUGUUGGUGCUGCUGGUCACCCUCCGAGAGCGCCCUUCCACGCCUUUGAGGUUGUGGGUUUCUGGCUACGCUCUGCAGUGCCUUCUGCAUGUGGGGUUUGUGUGGGAUGAGUACCAAAGGCGAAGUCUUGAUCACCAAGACUGCUGUUUUCCUAGAGGGUUGUUGUGUUCGGCUUUCUCUCACAAUAGCAUCAUCAAGAAGUUGGAGUCAGUUAAUACUAUUGUUUCGUCCGUAUGGUGGGUUUUUGGAUUUUAUUGGAUAGUAAUCGGUGGCCAGCCACUUCUGCAGGGUUCACCUCGUCUUUACUGGUUAUCAGUGGUUUUUCUAGCCUUCGACGUGUUUUUCAUGAUCUUCUGCAUUGCGAUGGCGUGCAUCAUUUUCCUUCUGAUGUUCUGUUGUUUCCCGAUCUUAGCCACAGUCGCCUAUGCAAUGACUAUAGGAGAGGGAGCAUCUGAAAAUGAUAUCAGGUCUCUUCCCAAGUAUACAUAUAGGCCACAGGAUACUGUAGGGGCAUUUCAAAAUAAAAAGGAACGAGAGGUUGAUUUAACUGCACUGGAAGGCGAUAGCAUCUCCAUGGCAGAGCUUGUUCUUCAUCCAGAGGAUUCUGAAUGCUGCAUAUGCCUUUUGAAGUAUGCAGACGGAGCAGAGCUGUGCACCCUUCCCUGCAACCACCAUUUCCACCACAAGUGCAUCACGAAGUGGCUCCGUAUCAAUGCAACAUGCCCUCUUUGCAAGUUCAACAUUCUCAGAGGCGACACAUUGGUUUAACCAAUCCCGACCUUAUACUUAUUAUCGAGGAGUAACUUUACAGGAUCACCAAAAAAAAAAGGAUCAGCAGAAAAAAUUCUUGCUAAUCUGAAGCUAAUGUAUAUUGGAAAAAAGGUGAAUCCUGCAAAUGUAGAGCAGUUUUCUCUAUUGUGGUUUCUUAGUUGUAAGAAGAUUUACAAUAUGAUAUAUUUGAAGGGCUUUUUGGCCAUUAGUUAUGAUAGUAGAAAUUAACAAGCAA